AGGCCAUUUGAAGGGGCUGAAAUUUUCGGAGAGCUGCAGCCACUUUAGCCAUCAGUGUUUGUUCCUCUUAACCGUGGGACACUAAUGGUCUGAACUUUGUCUUUCUUCUUUCCCUCUAGAUGGUGUCCUACUCCUCGGUCCUCACAGCUAUCAGUAAGUUUGAUGACUUUUCCCGGGAGCUGUGUGUCCAGGCUUUGCUGGAUAUCAUGGACAUGUUUUGUGACCGACUGAGCUGUCAUGGCAAAGCAGAGGAGUGUAUUGGGCUGUGCCGGGCUCUUCUCAGCGCCCUCCACUGGCUGCUGCGCUGCACUGCAGCCUCUGCGGAGUGGUUCCAGGAGGGUCUGGAGGCUGGCACUCCGGCCGCUGGGGAGAAGCAGCUUGCCAUGUGCCUACAGCGCCUGGAGAAGACCCUCAGCAGCACCAAGAACCGGGCCCUGCUCCACAUCGCCAAACUAGAGGAGGCCUCAUUGCAUACAUCCCAGGGACUUGGGCAGGGUGGCACCCGAGCCAAUCAACCAACAGCCUCCUGGACAGCCAUUGAGCAUUCUCUCUUGAAGCUUGGAGAGAUCCUGGCCAAUCUCAGCAACCCCCAACUCCGGAGCCAGGCUGAGCAAUGUGGCACACUCAUUCGGAGCAUCCCCUCCAUGCUGUCUGUGCACUCGGAGCAGCCUCACAAAACUGGCUUCCCCACAGUCCACGCACUGGUCCUGCUCGAGGGCACCAUGAACCUGACAGGCGAGACACAGCCCCUGGUGGAACAGCUGAUGAUGGUGAAACGCAUGCAGCAUAUCCCCACCCCACUUUUUGUCCUGGAGAUCUGGAAAGCUUGCCUUGUGGGGCUCAUCGAGUCUCCUGAGGGUACGGAGGAGCUCAAGUGGACAGCCUUCACCUUCCUCAAGAUUCCACAAGUUUUGGUGAAAUUGAAGAAAUACUCUCAUGGGGACAAGGACUUUACCGAGGACGUCAAUUGUGCUUUUGAGUUCCUGCUGAAGCUCACACCCUUGCUGGACAAAGCUGACCAGCGCAGCAACUGUGACUUUACAGACUUCCUACUCCAAGAAUGUAGGAAGCAGGGGCUUUUGUCUGAAGCCAGUGUGAACAACCUUAUGGCCAAGCGUGCAGCAGACCGGGAGCAUGCACCCCAGCCAAAAUCAGGAGAAAAUGCCAACAUCCAGCCCAAUCCUGGGCUGAUCCUCCGAGCGGAGCCCACUGUCACCAAUAUCCUCAAGACGAUGGAUGCAGACCACUCCAAGUCCCCGGAGGGGCUGCUGGGGGUCCUGGGCCACAUGCUGUCCGGGAAGAGUCUGGACUUGCUGCUGGCUGCAGCUGCUGCCACUGGGAAGCUUAAGUCCUUCGCUCGGAAAUUCAUCAAUUUGAAUGAAUUCACGACACAUGGCAGUGAAGAAAGCACCAAAGCAGCCUCAGUUCGAGCCUUGCUCUUUGACAUCUCCUUCCUCAUGCUGUGCCACGUGGCCCAGACCUAUGGCUCAGAGGUGAUUCUGUCUGAGUCGAGCACAGGAGCAGAGGUGCCCUUCUUUGAGACCUGGAUACAGACCUGCAUGCCUGAGGAGGGCAAAAUCCUGAACCCUGACCACCCCUGCUUUCGGCCUGACUCGACCAAAGUGGAGUCCCUAGUGGCCCUGCUCAACAAUUCCUCAGAGAUGAAGCUGGUGCAGAUGAAUUGGCACGAAGCUUGUCUCAGCAUCUCAGCGGCCAUCUUGGAAAUCCUCAAUGCUUGGGAGAACGGGGUACUAGCCUUCGAGUCCAUCCAGAAAAUCACAGAUAAUAUCAAGGGGAAGGUGUGCAGCCUGGCAGUGUGCGCCGUGGCUUGGCUUGUGGCCCACGUGCGGAUGCUGGGGCUAGAUGAGCGUGAGAAGUCGCUGCAGAUGAUCCGCCAGCUGGCAGGGCCGCUGUACAGUGAGAACACCCUGCAGUUCUACAAUGAGAGGGUGGUGAUCAUGAGCUCCAUCCUGGAGCACAUGUGUGCCGACGUGCUGCAGCAGACGGCCACACAGAUCAAGUUCCCAUCCACGGGCAUGGACACGAUGCCCUACUGGAACCUGCUGCCCCCUAAGCGACCCAUCAAGGAGGUGCUGACGGACAUAUUUGCCAAGGUGCUGGAGAAGGGAUGGGUGGACAGUCGCUCCAUCCACAUCUUUGACACUCUGCUGCACAUGGGAGGCGUCUACUGGUUCUGCAACAACCUGAUUAAGGAGCUCUUAAAGGAGACCCGGAAGGAGCACACGCUGCGGGCAGUGGAGCUGCUCUAUUCCGUCUUCUGCCUGGACAUGCAGCAGGUGACGCUGGUCCUGCUGGGCCACAUCCUGCCUGGCCUGCUCACUGACUCCUCCAAGUGGCACAGCCUCAUGGACCCCCCUGGCACCGCCCUCGCCAAGUUAGCCGUCUGGUGUGCCCUGAGUUCCUAUUCCUCCCACAAGGGACAGGCAUCCUCCCGCCAAAAGAAGCGACACCGUGAAGACAUUGAGGAUUAUAUCAGCCUCUUCCCCUUGGACGACAUGCAGCCCUCGAAGCUGAUGCGACUGCUGAGCUCCAAUGAGGAAGACGCCAACAUCCUUUCCAGUCCCACCGACCGGUCCAUGAGCAGCUCCUUGUCGGCCUCCCAGCUCCACACUGUCAACAUGAGAGACCCACUGAACCGAGUCCUGGCCAACUUGUUCCUGCUCAUUUCCUCCAUCCUGGGCUCUCGGACUGCCGGCCCCCACACCCAGUUUGUGCAGUGGUUCAUGGAGGAGUGUUUCCUGAAGAGUGCAAGCAGCCUGGCUCCUUAG